AUGUCGCACAUAACAAUCCGCCCAGCAACUCACGACGACAUCCCUCAGAUGCUCGACGUCUUUUUCUCAGCAUUCUGCUCCUCGCCCCUCAACAAGCGCUGCUUUCCUCCUUCAUCGCCUGACGUGCAAGAGUUCCAGACCUCUUUUCUGCAGAACAACAUCGAUGACAAUGACGAUAAUUUCAUGCUUGUCGCAGAAGACGACGGCCGAAUCCUCGGCUGGGCGCGCUGGGCCCGUAGGGAAAAUCCUCCUCACGUGAAGAAACUCGAUGCUUCUACGUUUCCUGCUUCGGGAGAUCAGGCUACUGCGGUAGACUUCUUUCAGAAGAAUGCUGACGCGACGGCCAAGUACGUUGCCGAGGAAAGGCACUGGUUUUUGAGCACCAUUGCCACGGCGAAGGAAGCGCAGCGACGGGGCGUGGGAUCUGCGCUUAUGAGUUUUGGUGUUAAGAGGGCUGAUGAGGAAGGUUGGAUGUCGUAUCUGAAUAGCUCUGGCGAGGGGCGAGGAUUGUAUGAGAAGUUUGGAUUCAAGGUCAUUGGGACGAGUGAGUUCCCUAAGCUGGGCAUGGUGCAGUAUCAUAUGAGGAGAGGAGCAAUCAAGAGUUGA